AUGCUCGAUAUUGCGUUUGCGGGGAGUCCUAGCCAGUGCGAGCCUGAAACAUGUAGGGAGUUGGAGGAGGGGUUUGAGUGGAGGAGGAGGAUGAGUGUUAGGGAUGCGGGAAAAUGUAUGUAUGUGCUUGAUGUGGAUGGCAAUGGGUGGUCGAGUCGGUUUAAACGGCUUAUCACGACCAACUCGCUCGUGUUCAAGUCUACGGUAUAUCCUGAAUGGUUCACAGACCGCCUCUCCCCUUGGGUUCACUACAUUCCUAUCCAAAUCGACUACUCCGACCUCUACGACGCCCUCCUCUUCUUUCGCGGUGACCCCUCAGGCCGAGGAUCUCAUGAAGAGCUUGGAGCGAAGAUCGCGAGGAGUGGGAGGGAGUGGAGUAGGGCGUUUUGGAGGAAGGAGGAUAUGACUGCUUAUUUGUUUAGGUUAUUCCUCGAGUAUGCAAGAGUUAUGAGCGAGGAUAGAGACUCGCUUAAUUUCGAGUUGUAA